CUAUUUAGUCCUUAUUUAGUCCUGGAAAAAGGAAACGAGGAAGACCGAAAGAAACAUGGAGGAGGACAGUAGAGAAGGAAAUUCGAGAGGGCAGUCUGAGCUGGGGGCUGCUGGAGAAGUUGGCAAAAGACAGGACAACAGUGGCGAUCUCUGGUUACAGCCUUAUGUGCUUCUUAGCACGAAGGGGAUUAAAGUAAUUGGCGUGUUCGUGGUUUCCACAAUUGCUGAAGUUGAAGACACUAUGAGCAUAGGUCGGAUCAUUUGGCACGCGCAAAACGUUUUGUCGACAACCUCUGCACUGACAGACAUGAUGACAUCCAUUCCCGAAGUACUUAAAGGCAUCGGCCAUUAUGUGAUGUGGAAGUAGAUAUAUUGUAUUUCCUACACUUGUUUGAAUAAAAAAAGAAAUUAUCCAGAUAAGAUUUUGUUAUAUAUUGAGAUAAUGUCAGUGGGGUUAUGUCAGAGUGGGGUUUUUUUUCAUCACCAAAGACACAACAAUUACAACAAAAAUACCACAAAGCUGGAAGGUGUAAUUAAACAAAUGAUGUCAAGAGAUGAACGAGGAAGAGGUAAAACCUAUGUUUAAAAGAAUGCAGGUCUUGUAGUCCCGACGUGUCCACUCCCAACAUCAGGAUCUAGUCAACAGGUGUCUUGUUAUACCACUUUAAAUAUUGUUUCACCAGUUUCCUACACAUCGACUGGCGAGAAGACCAUGAGCCGAAUUUACAAAGCCUGCACGUGCGCAACUACAUACAAUGGGCUCAAUGGGUAGGUGUAAGACCACUACACCCUCUUCUCUCUCACUAACCACUAACAAACUAACAACUAACCCAAUGUCCUGGACAGACAGCCCAGAUAACCGAGGUGUGCACAGGACAGCGUGC